AUGCAAGACGGUGGUAUCCUGAAUGCUAACACAGACAACUCUGGAGGGAGCAAGCCAAAAGUUCCUGCCAGAGUAUACGCUAUAGAUGACCAACCUGUACUUGACUCCUCGGAAGUUGUGGAAGGUACUCUUCCCAUCUUUCAUCGAUUAGCCAAAGUAUUAAUUGACCCUGGUGCAACUCAUUCAUUCGUAAAUCCAACUUUUAUGUCUGGAAUUGAUAUGAAACCCGUUAGAUUACCCUUUGAUCUUGAAGUUAGGACACCAAUGGGUAAUAAGAAUGUAAUCACUAGCUUAGCUUAUAGGAAUUGCGAAUUUUGGAUCGGAGAGCGAAAAAUGCUAGUGGAUCUAAUCAGUUUGGACAUAAAAGGUUAUGAUGUUAUCAUAGGAAUGGAUUUCUAG